GGAAAGCAAUAUGUGGUUGAGCUGGAAUUUGCAACUGGACCUCAGCUUCUUUACAUCAAAUUGAACAUCCCACCCUGGGACAAGGAAUUCCUAAGAUGGUAUCGCUAAGGAAUCAGAGUCUCACAGAGUUUAACAAAUUGGAUGCUUGAGCCGCACAUUAAUGGAAGACUUCCAGUCCAGUAGAGAAAUCAUUGAGUGGCUACAACAAGAUUAUGCUGAUUCCUUCAUCUCUCAUGACGUCUAUGCCCAUGGACAUACAGAUUUUCCCAAGACACUUUCUUGGGUCAGAAGAAUGUGCUUCUACUGGACUGCAUGCUAUAAGGUGAGUAUUGUGCCCAGUGAUCCUCCUCAGAUCCACUAGCCAUGCCAGGGAUUGUCGUGUUCCGUCGCCGCUGGUCUGUAGGCAGUGAUGACCUUGUUUUGCCUGCCAUCUUCCUCUUCCUUCUUCAUACCACCUGGUUCAUAAUUCUUUCCGUGGUGCUCUUCGGACUGGCAUACAAUCCCAAUGAGACCUGCUCUCUUAAUUUGGUGGACCAUGGCAGAGGCUAUCUGGGUAUUUUGCUCAGCUGCAUGAUCGCAGAAGUCGCAAUCAUCUGGCUCAGCAUGCGUGGCAGUAUCCUGUACACAGAACCUCGGGAUUCAAUGCAGUAUGUGCUGUAUGUCAGACUGGCUAUCCUGGUGAUUGAGUUUGUCUAUGCUAUUGUGGGCAUUGUUUGGCUAACCCAGUACUACAGUUCCUGCAAUGAUGUGACUGCCAAGAGUGUCACUUUGGGAAUGGUUGUCUGCAACUGGGUUGUUAUUCUGAGUGUUUGUAUCACUGUCCUAUGCGUCUUUGACCCAACGGGACGCACCUUUGUGAAAUUACGAGCCACAAAGAGGAGGCAACGCAACCUGAGGACAUAUAACUUGAGGCACCGUUUAGAGGAGGGACAGGCUAGCAGCUGGACUCGGCGACUGAAGGUUUUCCUUUGCUGCACUCGAACAAAAGAUUCCCAAUCAGAUGCCUACUCUGAAAUAGCAUAUCUCUUUGCUGAGUUUUUUCGAGACCUUGACAUAGUCCCAUCUGACAUCAUAGCAGGCCUAGUACUUCUGCGUCAGCGGCAGAGAGCAAAACGCAGUGCAGUGCUGGAUGAAGCAAAUAAUGAUAUUCUAGCCUUCUUGUCAGGAAUGCCAGUAACCAGGAACACCAAAUAUCUGGAUCUGAAAAACUCACAAGAGAUGCUGCGCUAUAAAGAGGUCUGUUACUAUAUGCUUUUUGCAUUGGCUGCUUAUGGCUGGCCCAUGUACUUGAUGAGGAAACCUACCUGUGGACUCUGUCGCCUGGCCAGAUCCUGCUCAUGCUGCUGCUUGUGUCCCUCGCGGCCCCGGUAUGCACCUGGUGUCACUAUUGAGGAAGAUAAUUGCUGUGGCUGCAAUGCUAUUGCCAUCCGUCGCCAUUUCCUUGAUGAAAACAUGACUUCAGUGGACAUUGUGUACACUUCCUGUCAUGAUGCGGUUUAUGAAACUCCUUUCUAUGUGGCUGUGGAUCAUGAGAAGAAGAAAGUCGUCAUCAGUAUCCGAGGAACUUUGUCUCCGAAGGAUGCCCUGACUGAUCUGACUGGAGAUGCGGAGCGCCUCCCAGUGGAAGGUCACCACGGAACUUGGCUUGGGCACAAGGGGAUGGUGUUGUCUGCUGAGUACAUCAAAAAGAAACUGGAGCAGGAGAUGGUGCUCUCUCAGGCAUUUGGGCGUGAUUUGGGCAGAGGAACAAAACACUAUGGCCUCAUUGUGGUAGGUCAUUCUCUGGGAGCGGGCACAGCUGCCAUUCUGUCCUUCUUGCUGCGUCCACAGUAUCCAUCUUUAAAAUGCUAUGCCUACUCUCCCCCUGGUGGGCUCUUAAGUGAAGAUGCCAUGGAGUACUCCAAAGAAUUUGUGACUGCAGUUGUACUGGGCAAGGACCUGGUACCUAGGAUUGGCCUUUCACAGCUGGAGGGAUUCCGCCGGCAACUUCUGGAUGUUCUGCAGAGGAGUAACAAACCAAAGUGGAGAAUCAUUGUGGGUGCAACCAAAUGCAUACCCAAGUCUGAGCUUCCUGAAGAGCCUGAAGUGAAUUCAGUGACCAGUCAUCGUCUCUGGACCCAUCCCAGUGAUUUAACCAUUGCCCUGUCAGCCAGCACUCCACUCUAUCCUCCUGGGCGUAUCAUUCAUGUGGUUCACAAUCAUCCAGCAGAGCAGUGCUGCUGCUGUGAUCAGGAGGAACCCACCUAUUUUGCCAUUUGGGGUGACAAUAAAGCUUUUAAUGAAGUGAUCAUUUCCCCAGCAAUGCUGCAUGAACACUUACCAUAUGUUGUCAUGGAAGGUCUCAAUAAGGUCCUGGAGAACUACAAUAAGGGCAAAACAGCCUUGCUUUCUGCAGCCAAAGUGAUGGUGAGUCCCACAGAAGUGGAUCUCAACCCCGAGUUAAUCUUCCAGAAUCAGCCCCUGCCUAGUAGACCCUCUGUGCAGAUUGGAAUUGGAAUUGGAGACAUAACAGUGGACAGAAGGAACAGCAGCACUAAGAGUAAGGCUCACUCUGAAAUCAGUUUGGAAGGGUUUUAUGAUGCCAAGCUUCUAUCUCCAGUGCAGAAGGAUCCUGUGGAGCUCCUGCUUCUAGAUACCAAGGAGCGCCUGUCUGUAGAACUGCAGGACCGGCGUGCUCCUCUUGCCACUAUGGAAAGCCUGUCUGAUAAUGAGUCAAUCUACAGUUUUGAUUCAAGGCGCUCCUCUGGUUUCCGGAGCAUCCGUGGCUCACCCAGCCUCCAUGCAGUAAUGGAAAAAGAUGAGACUCACUGUUUUUAUAUUGAUCCAGCAAUCCCUGAGGAGAACCCCUCUCUUAGUUCACGGACAGAGUUGCUUGCUGCUGACAGCCUCUCCAAACACUCCCAGGAGACACAGCCUCCUGAAGCCCUGCACAACAGUGGUGGCAGUUCUCCUCAGCGGCGAUGCAGCGAUGAAGGAGCUGGCAGUGACAUAGACCAUGUUUCCUUUACAGCUCGGGAGGAACUGACCCUUCAGAAUGGGCGGCUCAGUGAUGCCCCCAGUCCACAAGUGCUGGAGUUUGCUGAGUUUAUAGACAGCCUCUUUAAUCUGGACAGCAAAAGUAGCUCCUUCCAGGACAUCUAUUGCAUGAUGGUAUCAGACAGCACUAGUGAUUUUGCUGAGAUACCCAAGUCUGUCAGUGAUCAGGAGAUCCUGCUUAGAGCACAGUAUGAGCCCAACCUAGUUCCAAAGCCCCCCAGGUUAUUUGCUGGCUCAACAGAUCCCUCCUCAGGCAUAUCAGUUUCCCCUUCUUUCCCUCUGAGUUCUUCUGGAGAGCUUAUGGACAUCACUCCUACAGGCAUGAGUAGCCAGGAAUGCCUAGCUACUGACAAAAUCCGGACUUCCACACCCACUGGCAAUGCAGCCAGCCCUGCCAAACAAGAGGACCUUGUGAUCUCAGCCCUCUAGUACAGGAAAAUAGGAGUUGUGGCUCAAAUAGCCAGUCCCAUACACUGAAUCACGGAGAUAACACUUGGAGGAGCUGGUCGUGGUCAGGUCAAUAGUAAGAACAGAUGCAUGGAGAAGGGUGGUGUUCCUUCUUAGGUGCUACAUUAAUGGCACCCAAAUGGAUGUCAGCAUGAAGGAUGCCACACCUUGGGUUGUGUUCUUUGGUUAGGGAGAAGAUCACUGCUUAACACAGCCUGCCGCAGUUAGAGACCUUGUCCAGUGAAGUUAAAUGGUCGGUUUCCCUACCUCAGCAUAUUUGAUUAAUCAAAGAGGCAGUUGCUGCCUUUUCUGCUGAAAUUAGGAAGUUACUGUCCACAGGCUAGAGGACCAGAGUUACAGAAGCUGAGGGAUCAGAUAAUAUCCCUGCAAUCAUGUCAGGAUCAAGGAAAUUGUGACUUUAAGCCCUAUUGCACUAGCACGUCAUGUUUAACGCAAGUACCUGUUUAUAACUGUCAUCGUUGUGAGGUAGUUUUUAAUUGAUACAUUUUCCAGUUAUAAAGCCAUUAAGGCUGUGUUCUGGAGGAAUGCAGCCCCCCCACACACACACACAACUGGGUGCAGUGAGAAUUGGGAUGGGCUGUAUAUUUGCUCCCCUGAUUAGCUCUGUGUUCAGUGAUAACCAGACUUCUUCUGAGAAGAAAGAAAGCGCAUGUACUGGAGAGCUGAAGUUCAUUGCCAUGUUUCUUCACCCACUGGAGGGGUGAGAGGUCUCUUGGGUUUCACCGUCAUCACAAUUCCCCAACCACUAUGAACUUGUGACAUUACUGCCCUGGCUGUUGGGGUUUUCAUCUCUAUUUGCAUGGAUUGAUUGAUUUAAACUAUUUAUGUUAUUCAG